AUGGUUGACAUCUCUAAUUUUCUUCACUUCUUUCGCCUACUUGAUUGUUCUGCGGUACUUGCACUAUAUUUUCUGUGUAGAGGAACUCGCCUCUCUGACCAAUGUCGUUCAACUCAUCAUAACACUUCGAGUAAUCACUCCUUCUUUAAGGUGAUCGGCUUAUCUUUUGAAGUUUCUGAUUCUUUUUAUGGUCGUGCUCAACAAGGUUCAAUAACGAGGCAGAAACGUUUGCUUGAAGCCAAGCCUAAUAUUCUUGAUGGUCUUCGGUCGGAUUGCGUGUGGGAGAUGACCUUUCUGCAGCGGGUGAUUUAUGCUGCAGCUGUUUUUGUUGUUUUUCGAGCUAGAGUCUACAGUCUUCUUUACAGUGCGUGGGCAGUAGCUGAGAUCAUAUGUGUCACACUAGGCCUUGGUAUCUAUCCAGCAGAUUCGGAACCACGAAUUGUUGUUGGUCCAACCAAUCUGGAAAAGUACAGGGAACUUAAAGGUCGUUCAGAUGUUACAUAUAGUUCGGAAGCAGUAGUAAACCUGGAUAUAUCUGAGAUCGAAUUUAGUGAUGGGUUUCGUAGCGGUAUCCGAUCGUGGAACAAGUCUGUGCAAAGCUGGCUGGCUCUUUACGUCUACUCGAGAACAAAUCGGUUGUAUAGAGUUGAACUGACAAUGUUUGUGUCAGCUCUCUGGCAUGGCACCUACGGAGGAUAUUUUAUGUCGUUUCUCGUCGUACCGAUGUGCACAAGUGUUGAAGAUAUUAUUUUUAAGCACGUGCCCGUAAAUCCGAUCACGAAUCAACGGCCUACGUGGUUUAGAUAUCUAUACAUCCUAACUUUUCGAUGCCGUGGUUUUGAUAUGCUCGCCACUGGUUUUCUCUUGAAAAAUUUCAAGGAUACUCACAGAUUUUGGAGUUCGCUAUACUACUGGCUUUUGGUGGUUACGCUACCCAUCUACAUAUUAGACAAGCUAUAUAUAUUAAAGGAAAGUUUAGGCAAGUCAACGAGAAAGAAGGACUUGUAG